CGAGACCUGUUUCCCCGGGGACGCGCCUGAUUAGGUGCAGGCGACAGGAUGGGAAGUUGAGCCCAGGAUGAAGGAAUGGUGGAUUCAGGUGGGGCUGAUUACUGUGCCUCUGCUUGCUGUGUACCUGCACAUUCCUCCACCUAACCUUUCCCCAGCAUUGUUCACAUGGAGGUCAUUUGGCGCAUUUUUCACAUUCCAAGAACAGCAUAUCUUUUAUAGAGAAUCUUGGGGAGCUGUGGGAAGCUCAGAUGUGGUUAUUAUUUUACAUGGAUUCCCGACAUCAAGCUACGACUGGUACAAGAUCUGGGAAGGGCUAACACAAAGAUUUCAAAGAGUGAUUGCCCUGGACUUUAUAGGCUUUGGUUUUAGUGACAAGCCAAGAUUCCACCGCUAUUCCAUUUUUGAGCAGGCCAGUAUCGUGGAAGCACUGAUCAGUCACCUUGGCUUAACAGAUCAAAAAGUGAACUUACUUUCUCAUGAUUAUGGAGAUACUGUCGCCCAGGAAUUGCUUUAUAGGUAUGAACACCAAAGACAAGGACAUAUUAACAUCGGUAGUUUGUGUCUCUCCAAUGGAGGAAUCUUCCCAGAGACACAUCACCCCAGAUUAAUUCAGAAGCUGCUGAAAGAUGGUGGGAUUUUUUCACCAAUACUAACUAGACUGAUGAACUUUUACUUCUUUAGCAAAGGUAUCGGUGAGGUAUUUGGACCUUAUACUCAGCCUUCAGACACUGAAUACUGGGAUAUGUGGACUGCCCUCAGGAUCAACGAUGGCAAUCUAGUAGUAGACAGUAUUUUACAGUAUAUAAACCAGCGCAGAAAGUACAGAGAACGCUGGGUGGGAGCUUUGACCAAUUCAUCGGUUCCAUUGCAUUUAAUUUAUGGACCACUGGAUCCAGUCAAUCCCCAUCCUGAAUUCUUGGAUCAAUACAAGAAACUUAUUCCCAAGUCAACCUUUACUGUACUGGAUGAUCACAUCAGUCACUACCCUCAGCUGGAGGACCCCACUGGAUUCCUGAAUGCUUAUCUAAACUUUAUCAAUUCAUUUUGAGCCACAAAGAACAAGUUCAUUUGGUGUCUAUUUCAUUCUGUGUGAAUAUGGAGCUCUGUUAAAGCAAUAACAAGUUUAAGUAAAGUUUUCUACACAAUGGGCUCCUGACUUGCUCUGGACUAAAACACCAGCAGUGACCCCAGCCAGACAUGUCUCAGGGAUAGUCUUUAACACUGUAUGUACCUACAAUAUAUUUUUAACUCACUAAGUGUUUUAUGUUAUCCCUGGCGUCAGUAUUGGAGAAAUUGCAUGUUCCGAAUCCAAUCAGUAUUUUAAAAGC